AUGGCGUAAUAGUAAAUAAUCAAAGUUAUUAAACAGAACAUAUAAAAAAAUAUAUUUAUUUUAAACUUUAAGUAAAUGUUUAUGAAACAAAUAUGUCAUUAGCAGAUGAAUUAUUAGCAGAUCUUGAAGAAAAUGAUAGCGAUCGUAUUGCAGAAGAACCAGAACCGGAUUUUAUUCCGACUUCUGUUUCUAAAACUAUCGAAGAAGAAAUAAAAGUAGCGUCUGUAAGAGAAUUGGCAAAACUUCGUGAUUCUAUUCAAUUACAAAAAGUAAUGUCUCAAAUAGAAAAGUACAGCAAAAUUCCUAGAAAAUCGGCAGAUAUCAUUGGACCUGUUGAGUCCGAUCCAGAAUAUCAACUUAUUGUUGAAGCUAAUAAUAUGGCUGUAGAUAUUGACGAUGAAAUAGCUACUAUACAUCGAUUUACAAGAGAUAAGUAUUCUAAAAGAUUUCCAGAAUUGGAAUCUUUAGUUGUUGGUCCAUUGGAAUAUGUAAUGACAGUUAGAGAACUGGGAAAUGAUUUAGAUAGAGCAAAGAAUAAUGAAACAUUACAACAAUUUCUUACUCAAGCAACAAUUAUGGUUGUUUCAGUUACUGCUUCAACAACACAAGGACAAUUAUUAACAGAAGAAGAAAAAGAGGCUAUUUGUGAAGCUUGUGAUAUGGCAGUAGAAUUGAAUAAUUGCAAAUUAAAAAUAUUUGAAUAUGUCGAAAGUAGAAUGGCAUUUAUUGCACCAAAUCUUUCAAUAAUAGUGGGUGCAUCUACAGCAGCAAAAAUUAUGGGUGUUGCAGGAGGAUUAACGAAACUUUCAAAAAUGCCAGCUUGCAAUGUUCUAGUUUUGGGAUCUCAAAAAACCACAUUAUCUGGAUUUUCUCAAGUAGCAACUCUUCCUCAUACUGGAUUUAUAUACUAUUCUGACAUCGUACAAGAAACACCACCAGAUUUACGAAGAAAGGCGGCAAGACUUGUAGCAGCGAAAAGUAUGCUAGCUGCUCGAGUUGAUGCGUGUCAUGAAAGUACAGACGGCCAUAUCGGUCAAAUGUUCCGCGAAGAGAUUGAGAAAAAACUUGAUAAGCUUCAAGAACCACCUCCUGUAAAAUUUGUGAAACCUUUACCAAAACCUAUCGAUCCCGGACGUAAGAAACGUGGUGGUAAACGUGUAAGAAAAAUGAAAGAACGUUAUGCUAUUACUGAAUUUAGAAAACAUGCAAAUAGAAUGAAUUUUGCCGAUAUUGAAAAUGAUGCCUAUCAAGAAGAUCUUGGUUAUUCACGAGGAACAAUUGGCAAAGCAGGAACUGGUCGUAUCCGAUUACCACAAAUUGAUGAAAAAACAAAAGUACGAAUAUCAAAAACACUUCAAAAAAAUUUGCAAAAACAACAACAAUGGGGUGGUAGUACAACAGUUAAGAAACAAGUUUCCGGUACAGCAUCAAGUGUUGCAUUUACUCCAUUACAGGGCUUAGAAAUUGUAAAUCCACAAGCAGCAGAAAAGAAAGUAAAUGAAGCUAAUGCUAAAUAUUUUUCAAAUACAGCUGGAUUUUUAAAAGUGAAAAAGACAUGAUAAAAUUGUACAUAAUGUAAAGUAUAAUAUAUCAUUAAUUAAGUAAAUUUUAACUAUAUAUAUUUGCUUUUAUAAAAGUUAUACACGUUUUAUUUAUAUAUAUUAAUGUAUUCUUAUAUCAUUGAAAUAAUAAUGAAAUAAUAAUUAUUAUAAUAUGC